GUCCUUGUGUUCCAUGACGGGGGAGAUUUCCCAUGCACUACGCAGGUCAGCGUUUCAGUGGGGCUCUUUCAAACACCUCCAAAAACCCAAGCAGACCAUCACGCCAAAGGCAGCCGGGCACCCCACAGCAGCAUUUGCUUUUACAAAACCUCCCCCAUCAGUUUUUCCCUCUCUUGCACAGAUGUGAUGCUCAGAGAUUACACUGUAGAUUAAGGUUUUACUGAAUCUUGAAAUGAGCGCAAAUUCCCAGAAGCUCUAACAUGCAGUCCAGAUCUCUUCUGGAUGCUCAGCUGGAUGGGGGAAGAGGCAUUUCCCACCGUGUCCUCCCCAUGUGCAGGAAAGAUGGAGCCCAUAUACUCACCCACUGCUUGUCUGCUGAAAGCCUCCAGCGAGGGUGUGUGGGCAGCGAGGGAGGGGGCGGCGGCGCUGAUGUGGCACCCGGCUAGGUCAGCCUGCUCAGCCAUGAACGCCUCCCUGCCCGGCAGCCAGCUGAGACAGCCUGACCCCCAGGAUGCGGCCGCCUUCACUCCCAUCUCUGUUGUCAGGAGCGUGACGAAGAAAUCCGAUGCCCUGCCCGUGAUUUCCACGAUCGUCAUCAUCUUUGUCCUCUUGGCCGUCUUCAUCAUCAUCGCGGUGCACUACGGCCCCCACCUCCGCACCGUCCAGAUCACCCUUUACCAGGAGCCCAUGCCGCAGGACCUGGACGGUGGGGUGCACCUCAUGGACUGGAAGAAACUGGGCUCCCAGAAGAAGCUGCCUGCCCAGCCCUGCCAGCGGGAGCCGGGCGGCCGGACACGGCCGGCACGAUCCUGCCAGUGCCCCUGCAAGCAUCACCUUCCCUGCGGGAGCGCUGAGCCCAACGUCAUCGAGGUCACGUACCUGUGACAAGGCUCUGAGCCACCUGGGCAGGACUCAAGGGACCACGUCCCGCUGGAAAUAUAAUGCCUGGGAUGUUAGCUUAGCCCGAGACUCACCGGUUCCCACACGUGGAGGUUUUAGCUCCCCGGGAUUGCGUCUCUCCCUGGGUAGGCUCAGAUAGAAGGUUGUGUCACUGCAGUGACCCAUCAUUAGCCCCCCAAAACUCCAGCCCAAGGGGACCACCGUCCUCAAGCAGAAGCUGGGUCAGCCUACGUGGCACAGCAUUGGCAUCUCUUCUGUUUUUUCUCGCCCUGGUUUUACCUGUCCCACACUGUCUGGGAGUGCCCGGGAGAGCUGCCCUGGUCCUCGCCCCAGCUGGGGAGCUCUGGGCGUAUGCUCGGCCCCUUGGCAGGAGCUGGAAGUUGCAUCAUCUGGAAUCGCUUUCCAGAUUAAAGGUGUUUCCACGUUCACAGUGUCCUCAUUAUGCCGUUUGCAUGGCACAGAAAAAGCCUCCAGCCCCUCUUUUCCUCCACGCCACAGUCCCUUCCCCUCCUUUGGAGGGCUGAAACUGCUGUCCCCGCUCCUGCCAGCCCCGGCCACGGGCUCAGCCCGUCGUGGUAAGCAGCCUGGCGGAGAGGAGGCAGCACCUCAACCCCUGUUGGUGUUUCGGCGGCGGAGCCAGCGGCAGAGGACAACGUGUCCCGUCCCCCAGCGCAGGUGGGUGAGAGGAGAGAGGUGACACGGCAGAGGCAGGAGAGGUGAUAACGGCACAUCAGCCCCCCCCUUGCAGCUGGCUGAACCUCUUGAGAUCUUGGCGCUGGUGGAGAGCUGCGUGCAUCUCUGGGCAGAGCCUGCAGCAUCUCUGUGCACCACGGCAGGGAUGGGAAGACCUGAGGUCACCUUCGUUGUGGGCAUCGUCCUUGUCCCCGUCACUGUCUGCUCUCCCCGUGCUGAGGGAGGCUCUGCUUGGGGACUUGGGUGAUUUCAGCAUUGGAAGCAGCUGAGGAGGGCGCGAUGGUGGAAUUGGCAUAGCCAGCCCCCUUGGGAUGGAUGUUGAUGUGGCUCGAUCACCCUGGGCAGAAGGUUGCUGGGGUGGCACGGAGGGAGCAGGCGGAGGGGUGAAACGUCAACCGGAGCCCCAUAAGGCUCCUGGUGGUAGCGGACCGUGGUGACCCGCUCAACCCUGGGAGUCUUUGUGCUGCUGGAAGCACUUGGCAUCUCUUUGGAGAAGAAACUGGUCUCAGUUUCUCUUCACUCGGCUGGAAGCUGGACAUCAAAGCCUUCCCUCAGUGCGUGGGCUCAGAGACAGUCCCUGGGGAAGGAGCACAGCCUCUGGGAUUACCCUCAAGGAUUUAUUCUGCUGAAUAGUCCCAGGAGUCAAAAUACAGUUCCUGCCUCUCCCCUCCCCAUCCCAGAACAGAAAAGCCAGAUCCAUGCCUGUCCUAAGCCACAUCCCCAGCACAGACCCCUCUGUGCACUGUUGGGCGAGAAAAGGGUCUUCUACCUGUUCUGCCAGGUGCCAGAGGUAUUUCUGACACAGCAGAUACUCCAGCAUCCUUUGUCUCGCUUAUUUCCAGCUUCUUUUCUCACUUACUAACUUUAAAUCUAGGUAGUGGUUGGGCUGGCUGGAAAAUUUUGGUCUUUACAAUAAACAUAAUUUAUGUUA